GGCUUCACUUUCAGAACUCUUGUGGCGCUUGAUAAGGAGGAAGAUCAGGUUCAUCAACAGUGUUCAAAGGUAAAAUAACUCACCUACCGUUAUUAAUAAACUAUAUUUAACGUAGCAGUCAUUAAUGUAAAAAUGAGAUAUUGUGCUAACUAAGGCCUAUUUAAAUACACAUGGAUAUAUUAAGCCUAAAGUACCCGGAGGUGUACCAAGAGUUUGUUUGUAAAUAAUAACUUCAUCUAUUCUGUCUCUUAAGUACAAUGAAACAUUAGUAUUUUACUUAGGAUCUAUUGGCUAAACAGAUAAUAAAAUACAAUCAUAGUUAGCACUUAAUAUUUCUGUAUAUGGCCAAAUCAUUCACAAAAUCAUACAUAAAGGAAUGUUUACGCUCAGGCUCGAAGCGUCUAAGCCAAUAAGAUUUGCUGAAUUAUCAACCAAUGAAAUUGUGCCCCGCCCCUUCGUCCAGACCGCUUGGAAUCGUGAAUCGUGGAACGCGUUAUUGUGACGUCACAGUGCGCGCAGCCGCUUCAUAAAUCGAGUCAGUCGAAACUCUUUGUCGGAGUUUAAAGCUGCUCUUUGGUCUCUUGCGAUCGAUCUGUAGUACUGAGUGUUACAAGUCUACCGCUAGAACCAACAGGCAAAUACAGUGUUCACAGCUCGUUGAGAUGGAGCAUCUGGCGACUGUUACAUUGGACACUAUGUUUGCAAUCUUUCCACUGGAGCUGGAAAGCUGCAGCAGCUUGGACUCAUUCGAGGACGCUCAAGUUGAGCCGCUGAGUGGCGCUGUGAAGCCGGCUGACAGAAAGGCCUGCAGUAGCAGCUGCCAACAGCUCCCGACAGAGGCGCCUCGACCACCGGCUGUCCCUACAGUCGCCUGGGAGGACGAUUCAACAGAAAAGCGCACACAAGGGAGGAAGUCUAAGAAAGAAUCCAUCCAAACCCAGGAAGAAACCCAAGUGUGUGCUUUUGUGCCUGAGGAUCCAUCGCAGGAGCUUCCACACACAUCCAGAGUGGAUCCGACAGGCACAGAUCCGCGGGAGUCUGAGCCAACAGACAAAAAGCGCACAAAAUGGAGGAAAUUCCUUGCUGGCCUCCGGAGAGCGUGGAAGUCGAUAAAAGGAUCCUUCCAAACCCAGGAAGAAACCCAAGUGUGUGCUUUUGUGCCUGAGGAUCCAUCGCAGGAGCUUCCACACACAUCCGGCGUGGAUCCGACAGGCACAGAUCCGCAGGAGUCUGAGCCAACAGACCGAUGCUUUGAAUCUCUUUAUGAUGUGGUAAAGAAACUGAAGUCGAGACGUGGUGUCAGUUAUCAUCUAGGAUUUCGAAACUCCGAUGACAAACGAGUAUUGAUCAAAUUUAUUAAGAAGAACCGGCCUGAGAAACUAGUGGAAUUGCCUGGGUAUUCCAACCCUUUAAGUCAAGAGGCAGCUGCAAUGUUGAUGGUGCAAAAGCCUCCAACUAGCGAGCAUCUCGUACAACUAUAUGAUCACUUUGUCAUGGAAGAUCAAGACAUCUUGAUUAUGGAGUAUCCACGUUCCUACAUCAGCCUGUUUGAUUAUGUCCAACGAAACAGCAGUAACCUGACCGAAACCGAGGUGAAACUCAUCAUUCAGGGGCUCAUUGUUGCUCUUCAGCACUGCAUGAGUCGUGGUGUUUAUCGCGGCACGUAUAUGAAAAACAUCCUUGUCCACACAAAAACCCUGCAUGUAAAGCUGAUGGACUUUGGAGGCGCGCUGCUCGUCGAAGAAAGACGAGAUGCUGAACCUCUAUUAAUCAGUGCAAUCAGAAAAUAUGCUGAAUGGGCAACAACUGAGGACUUACGCAUACUGCUGGAUCUGAUGGUCCCGACAAUAAGUCGUUGCUUUUGGAUGAGACCACGCGUGUCCAAAGAAUGCCUGGAUCUUCUUGAGCACCUUCAUGAUGUAAAGUCACGGAUGACGUUACAGGCUAUGUUGAAGCAUGACUGGUUUAAAAGAAAAACUGAAGCAUAAGAAAAGUUCCCCUGCAUUGGCAGCUCAGGGCCUAUAGUUCAGCUGUAUGGGUCAUCAGCCGGGGACGGUUCACGCUUUAACCCUGGAGCGUGGAUAAGACCACGUGUGUCCAAAGGUGAGACCAACAACAGGUUCCCCUGCAUUGGCAGCUCAGGGCCUAUAGCUCAGCUGCGGGGUCAUCAGACUGGGACCCCGGGGACGGUUUACGGCUUUAACCCCGGGACGUUCCCCUUUCACCCCUGCAUGAUGACACUGAUGGCAACUGUCCUCUACUUGUGAACUGUUUGUGUGCCACCAACCUACUCAGAACAUUAUCGCGUCCCACUGAUAGCGGCCUUGUGCGAGCCCCACCUUGCAGCCUGACAGGAAGUGCUGGAGGCUUACAUUUGGACUCCGUUCUUCCAGGCCAGACCACCAUGUUUCAGACAAGCGUCGUGUCAAGCCCAGCCAUUUUCCUGAAUUACUGUGGACAGUGGAUUUCACACAACUUCAGUGUCACACAAUUUAACGCCACACCUUGUACUUGCCUGGAAGCUGGCUUUAAUCAAUCCUUCCUUAGUGAAAAAAUAGCACAAUUUAUUCAAAUGUAAUUUAGUGUAACUAAAUGUAUUUGUGGCACACUGUAAAUUGUUAUACUUAAAGUCUGUUCAAGUGGAUCAACUCAUUUUGUACUAAAUGCAUUUUAGUUGUCCAAAAGCAGUGCUGAAGUUCAGGUUGUAUUAAUUGUAAACUUGAAGUGUGCUAAUGGCAUCAUUAUUGUGUGCUUCUAAUACAUUAAAGUGAUCUUUAAAAAUAAUGGCACAGCUUAGGAAUUUGCCUUUUACUGGUAUUUUACAGACACCCCCUAGUAUACCAGUAAAGCUCACUUAUCUAGAGAUCAGAGAGACAUUGGGAACAGAUAUAUGUACACCCAUGGAUUCAAACCCGGGUCGCUGCCACACAAGCGCGCUCGCUUUACCAGUUGCACCACCAAGCAGAUUUACACAAUGCAAAACUCGGGUUACUUUGUGUUUUUUCUAUAUUCUUAUGUGUAACACUAUAAGCAAACAUUCCAAAAAAUGCUUAAAACUUUAAAAAAGUCCUAUUUCAUCUUUAAUCAUUGGUUAACUAAUUUAGAUGGAAAAUGUUUUUUUAGACAUUCACCUCAAUAGCAAUACAUUUUAGAGUUUACAGAGUAAACUAGAAUUGUCUUGCUUAAACGAAUUCAAGAGAAAAACCAUGACGGUUAAUCGCUACAAAAAACAAUUAUUCUGUUUUG